CAGCAAUGCCCAAAAAGAGUGAAGACGUUAAAAUACAAAUAGUUAAAGCUAACGGUUCCAAAUCUGUUUUUCAGCUGCUGGUCUGUCUGGCUGUCUGUGUAGUUACUGUACAGCCCAGAAUGGUGUUAAGAAAAAGUGGCAGGAGGAGCGUGGUGUGGGGCUGGCUACUCCUGGUCUCUUGCUUUCUGCUGUCUGUCAGUUCAAAUGAGCAGGCAGCCCACGAACACCCACCGGAGAUUCACCAUCCUAACCUGCACCUGGACAAGAACAUGGUCCAUGACAGAGAACACAUCAUGGAGCAUCUGGAAGGUGUGAUUGACAAGCCGGAGUCAGAUAUGUUGCCGCAGGAGCUACAGUUACACUACUUUAAGAUGCAUGACUAUGAUGGCAACAACUUACUGGAUGGGCUGGAGUUGGCCACAGCCAUCACUCAUGUACACAAAGAGGAAAGAGGAGAGGAAAGCCAGCCUAUGAAAGAGGAAGACCUCAUAAGCCUUAUAGAUGACGUUCUAAGGGACGAUGACAAAAACAACGACGGGUACAUAGACUACGCCGAGUUUGCCAAGUCCCUGGAGUAGAGGCGAGACGCUGCCUAACUGCUGAGGUCUGGCUCAGUGCACUGCCCACAACCACAACACUUUCCAUCUCAAAGCAAAAUAUAUUGUUUUAAUUUACCUGUCACACUCUCUGUGGUGCUAUCACUAUCCUUUACCUAUCCAGACAGCAUACCAGGUGUGGACAAACUUUUUGUCUCGAGGGCCACAUCGGGAUUUUGAAAUUCAACGGAGGGACGCACAGAUUUUCUUUUGACCGAUUGGUUUGUCAAAAUCAAUUUUCGGGCCAGUAAAAGGGCAGUAAUUUGAAAAUAUAUAGCACCAUUAUAAUUUCUACAUACUUUCUAUCUCGUUUUAGACGUUCAAGUGUGGCCUGGUGUUUUAUUUUACCCGAAAUAAUCCCCCCUCCCCCCUGAGAAAGAGAGAGAGAGUUAGAGAGAUGUGUAUAUACAGUGCCUUGCAAAAGU